CCAAGUUACACGCUGGCACCAGUCAGCCUCGUCAGCUAUGGCGAUUAGGGUUUUAACGUCUCUCCUGCGCCAUCGCUCGUCCGCCGCCGCCCUGGUAAGCUUCUCUCCGCAACAUCUCGCCAAAAUCUCUCCCGGAAUCGCACGGCGCCGCCAUUUUGUUGCGCUGCGCGGAUCAUCAUCGAUCGAGAGGGAACCUGGAUCAUUCUCGCGCUCCAGGUACUUCUACUCGACAUUGAGCGAGAAGAAUCACAACAAGGAGCUGGAUGAUAUCAAUUCCAAGUUCGCCGAGGCCAGGGAAGAGAUUGAGCUGGCCUCGGAGUCGAAAGAGACGGUGUAUUUCAACGAGGAGGCCGAGACCGCUAGAGUGGCGGUGCAGGCGGUGCUUGACAAGUACCAAGCGCUCCUCGCCAAAUUGAGCCCGGAAGAAAAAGGUGGCGUCCAGAGAGCCAUGGGGAUGAAGAUGGAGCAGCUCAAGGCCGAGCUUGCCCAGCUCAAGGAGUGAGACCCAAACAAAACAACAAGACAAGAGAUUGCUGAGUACUCCGUUUCUUCUUUUUUUUGCAUGGCUUUGUGCCUUCUGUCUCAAUCUACUCAAAGGAUAACAGUGGCUGUGGGAUUAGAUAUUCAUUCAUUCGGAUACUGUUUACUAUGCCUGGCAUGAGGUGCACCAGUAAGUGUUUAUGGAGUAGUAAAAUAUUCAUUCAUUUUCG